UCAGGGUUCAUGCUAGGCAAGAAACACUCAUGGAUAGCAUGAGUUUGUCUACGACAGACGGAGUUUACAUCAUUCCGCAAACCAACAUGGCCCCAAUGUCCAUCCGAGGCUGAAACGUUGACGACGCCAUGUACGCCUAUCCCGGGUCCGUUCGAGUCGUGGGCUUAGCCCGCACACUCCGGCUUCAACGCGGGUUGAGACAGUUCUCGGGCAGCAGCCCACCGGCGCUUCAUGGGCUGACUUAUGCCUUGCCGGACUUGCAGCCGCUGGAAGUCCAGUACGUAACGGAUCAAGUGCGUUUACUGGGCCAAUCCCAUCUGAUCGAGUCGGGCGAUGGGCAAUUGGUCUGGCAGGAUUCGCCCUUGGACACGACUCAACGAGUUCGUCGUUAUUACCCGCACUUUCUAGCUCACGUGCCCGUUUACAGUUUAAACAUCAAAUCCAAGUUAGCUCGCCCCAUUUAUCUUGAGCGACUGGCCUGCGGGUUUCGCUCAGUCGGUGUGUCUGAGUCGGUCGUGCAUGACACGCCUAACGUGUUCUUGUCGGCUGGAUUGCCGCAAUUGGCCCGACACGCCCUCCUAAGUCAGCAGUUCGGUUGCGUCAUGGCCUUUUUAUCGCGCAAGAUCUUGACGCGAGAAGUCCGUACCAAAGUGUUGCGCCAAUGGUGGACCGAUCUCGAGCGGACUUUGGUGGCCUUAGAACUGUCGCUCGACGUGCGGCCAGUCACUGGACAAUGCCAGGCUCUAUUUGACCAAUGUCAAAGUGGUGGCGUCACAUUGGGUCAGUUUCAAAAGACGGCCAUCAGAGGCGUGUUGAGUGAGCUGUGCGCCCGUGGCACGCCGGAUGUCCGCCGAUCCGCCGCCCUGUUCACGCCAGGUCAAAUCACGAAAAAGGACGCCGUUUCGGUGGUGCGGAACUUUUACUGGUUGGUGAGCGUACUCGGAGUGGAUGUGUUUUCCUCGCCUGAACGCUUUAAAUGUGUCAUCCGGCUGUGUCCAUUGGAGACUUUGGUCUUCAUGAACGCUUAUUACGAACAACUCGUGCAACUCGACCCGAGCUUGACACCCCUUGACGGAUUGAACUAUUUCCGCACCGCCGGCUUGAAUUUGAUCCUUCGACCCAGUUACGAUUUCCCGCCUCUGGCGCGUGUACGCUUAUUGAGAGACAUGGGCUUCACUUCCGAUCAAAUCCGGGAUAUUCUCCUGAGUAAACCUGCCAGGUUUAGUGACACUGCCACCUAUGACCCCAAUGGCCACCGCUUCCACUUCUCGUCGCCAUACUACGUCUCCGAGUUCCGACGCCGAUUGGCUAUAUUAAACGAAGACGAAAAUCUAGCCAAGUGUACCUCGCCUUUGAAAAAACUCCAUGCUAUGAGUCAUUGGCGGGGUUUUUUGGAAACGAUCCGUUCGGUAAGCCAAGGUCGCAAGGAAUCGGUGAUCUUGGCCUUGGCUUCUGACAAUCCGGUGGACUCGGUCGUACCUGCCCAAUGGUGGACGCCCGCGGGCAAAUUGAAGCGCAAAGAGGGUGUGGUUGAGUUCCUGGCCACGUUUCUGGAACAAGACCCGAUUCAGGUGGGACGUGAUGUGGAAGGUCUCUUCAGCCACGUAUCAGCCUUGACGCUCAACGAGGGUAUACAAAAACUGACUGAGCUCGAAUUCUCCCAUGAGCAGAUACGAAAUGCCGUCCACAUCCUAGGAUAUCCGCACAAAUUGAUUGUGGACACCCUGGCGCGCAUGGAGAAGGAUAUGCCCGAACAUUUCCCGGAUUGGUCUCAAUCCCGCGCUGAACCCUACAUCCUCCAAGCUUGUUUGUAUUUCAUCGAAAAAGACAAUGGAUUCAUACCGGCGGCCCAGCUGUAUUCGGCUGAACGCCAGGGACCCGAGUUCUCCGCUCCCAUCUUGGACGAAUGUAGUCGCAUCCUGGAUCAUCCCAAUCCGAAUCGCUCGACUCUGCUACAAAAACGGCCAAUUGAUCUACCAACGUCAGAACUGCGUGGGAAAAGCGCCUUCAUCCCAGUCAGAGAUCCUGAGCUCAUGGAAUCGCCAUGGACGCCAAUGCAAAAUCAAAUCCGCCAUUUCUCGUCUUCUAAUCAACUAUCCUCGAACUUCGAAGAGAAGCUUGGGGAUCUGGUCAACCAAACGCUGUAUGUGAACCCGUUGAAAGUACUACAAAUCUCGACGGAGUUCCAGAAGCUCAAGGAGUGGGACCCACUUCUCGAAAAGAGUACCUUUGUCGAAGCUACGAAGCAAGCCGUUUCCCUGGUGUCGAAAUACGUGAGCGAGAACAAAUUUUCCGAGCUCACAGGGCUGCUAUCCAAACGUGAACGGGUUCGCUUGCAAGAGGAAGUCGAGACCAGAUGGAGUGAUCUUCAACGAAAUAACAUUUCCUUGACUCUGGACGAGAUCAUCGGAUCUUAUCCCGAUAAAGUGUUUCAGUACACGGUGGCCUAUCAAAAGUUCUGUGACAUUGAUGUGAUUGUGCCGGCUUGGAAGAUGAACGAUCAUGGUCAGCGAAUGGCCUUUGUCAAGAUUCGAGCCCGAUUCAAUCGUGAUUACACUGAGCACCGUCUCCCUGAAUGGACAAUCACCAAGUUCGAAGUGGAGACUUUCAAGCUUUUGGACGGGAGUGAUGAAAGUGAAGAAACGCCAGAGAAAUGAGUUGUUUUGGAAAUAACUGGCUUUCUAUCGAUUUCGAAAUAGAAGGGUAUUUUUGUUA